CUCGCAUUGACGUUACAUUCACCGGACUGGUGUUUGGCUGCGUAACUGUUGUCAUGUCAUGCUGAAGUAUACGCACAGUCUCUUUAUCACCACUACGGUCUAGCUCGUCCAAGGCGGUGACAGAAACGCGCAACGCGUCACUUCGCGUCCACCCAUUCAGACCUCAACUGGAAAGCACAUCUUGCCAAGUCUCCGUGAUUCUUCUCUUCUUCCUUUCACUUGUUUCUCCUGUAGUUCUGUUUCUCGUUUCCUGUGACGAUGGCUUCAAGACCCGAGCUCAAAGAGGAGGACGAGUCCAGUUUCUGCAAGUUCUUCCGCAAUCUGCCUCACAAGGGCAACGAUACUGUACGCAUUUUUGACCGUGGCGAUUAUUAUUCGGCGCAUGGCGAGGAUGCGAAGUUUAUUGCUGCUACGGUCUACAGGACCACGGCGGUCAUCCGCAAGCUCGGCCGCGAGCCAGGGCUCGAAUCGGUCACCCUGACGGUUAUGGUGUUUCGGAACUUCAUAAGAGAGGCGCUGUUUAGACUUGGAAAGAAGAUCGAGGUGUGGGGGUCGUCGGGGAAGAGGAUGGAUUGGAAGAUCAUAAAACAGGCCUCGCCAGGCAACCUGCAGGAUCUCGAAGAUGAACUAGGCGGCCAAAUGGAAAACGCACCCAUCAUACUCGCAGUGAAGGUAUCGGCAACAGCCCAGGGCAGGAAAGUGGGGGUAUGCUUCGCCGAUGCCAGUGUACGAGAGCUGGGCGUGGCCGAAUUUCUGGACAACGAUUUGUACUCCAACUUCGAGUCGCUGCUGAUUCAGCUCGGUGUCAAGGAGUGCCUAAUACAGGCGGACCCGACGAAGAAAGACGUCGAGCUGAGCAAGCUGCGGACGAUAGCGGAUAACUGCGGGUGUGCACUGGCAGAGAGGAAUGCUGGAGACUUUGGCACAAAAGAUAUCGAGCAGGAUCUUUCUCGGUUGCUGAAAAAUGAGAGGUCUGCUGGCACACUUCCCACUAUGGAUAUGAAGCUUGCUAUGGGCUCUGCGGCGGCGCUGAUCAAGUACAUUGGUGCCCUGGCGGACCCCACGAAUCACGGACAGUACCAGUUGUACCAACACGAUCUGGACCAGUACAUGAAGCUUGACGCAGCUGCUCUCAAGGCUUUGAAUCUUAUGCCCGGCCCCAGGGACGGUGCGAAGACGAUGAGCUUGUAUGGGCUUCUCAAUCAUUGCAAGACUCCUACGGGCAGCCGUUUGCUUGCGCAGUGGCUGAAGCAACCCUUGAUGGACAUCAAGGAGAUAGAGCGGCGGCAACAGCUGGUCGAGGCGUUUGUCAAUGAUACGGGGCUUCGCCAGACGAUGCAGGAAGAACACCUUCGGUCGAUCCCUGACCUCUAUAGGCUGACAAAGAAGAUGCAGCGCAAGGCCGCCAAUCUGGAGGACGUGGUGAGGGCGUACCAGGUUGUUAUACGUCUUCCUGGCUUCUUGAACACUUUGGAGUCAGUCAUGGAUGAGCAAUACAAGGACCCACUGGACGCAGAGUACACGUCAAAGCUACGCGAGUAUUCCAGCGCCUUUGCCAAGUUCCAGGAAAUGGUCGAAACGACCGUUGAUCUGGAUGCCCUGGACAACCACGAGUUUAUCAUCAAACCCGAAUUCGACGACUCCCUGCGCACGAUCCGCAAGCGUCUCGACAAGCUGAGGCGGGACAUGGAUGCGGAGCACAUAAAAGUGGGCCGCGACUUGAACCAGGAUACAGAGAAGAAGCUGUUUCUGGAGAACCAUCGUGUGCACGGGUGGUGUUUCCGACUGACGAGAAAUGAAGCCAGUUGCAUCCGGAACAAGAAGCAGUAUCAGGAGUGCUCUACGCAGAAGAACGGCGUGUACUUCACGACGUCGGCUUUGCAGAGUAUGCGGCGGGAGUUUGACCAGUUGUCGGAGACGUACAACCGGACCCAAUCGGGCCUGGUGAAUGAAGUGGUUUCGGUUGCAUCUUCGUACAUACCUGUGUUGGAGAAGUUGGCGGCUGUGCUCGCGCACAUGGACGUCAUUGUAGCUUUUGCACAUGUGUCCGUUCAUGCUCCUACUUCCUAUACACGGCCGAAGAUGAACCCUCGCGGAACGGGUAACACCAUCUUGAAAGAGGCACGUCACCCGUGCAUGGAGAUGCAAGACGACAUCUCCUUCAUCACUAACGACGCCAGCCUGAUUCGGGGAGAAAGCGAAUUCCUCAUCAUCACAGGGCCCAACAUGGGCGGAAAGUCGACCUACAUCAGGCAAAUCGGCGUCAUUGCGCUCAUGGCACAGAUUGGCUGUUUCGUGCCUGCGGCCGAAGCCGAGAUGACCAUCUUCGACUGCAUUCUCGCACGCGUGGGCGCCAGCGACAGCCAAAUCAAGGGCGUCUCGACCUUCAUGGCGGAAAUGCUGGAAACUGCCAAUAUCCUCAAGUCGGCCACCAAGGAGUCGCUCAUCAUCAUCGACGAGCUCGGCCGCGGAACCAGCACCUACGACGGCUUCGGCCUCGCGUGGGCCAUCUCCGAGUACAUUGUCAAGGAGAUUGGGGCUUUUGCCCUCUUCGCGACGCACUUCCACGAACUCACGGCGCUGGUGGAUACGUAUCCGCACGUCCAGAAUCUACACGUCGUAGCGCACAUCUCGGAGGGGAUGCAAGAGGAUGCCAACGGGCCGAAGAAGAAGCGCGAAGUCACACUCCUGUACAAAGUCGAGCCCGGCGUCUGCGACCAAUCCUUCGGCAUCCACGUCGCGGAACUGGUCCGGUUCCCACAGAAGGUGAUCAACAUGGCGAAACGCAAAGCCGACGAGCUGGAGGACUUUUCGGGUAAACAUGAAGAGGGGUUCGUGCAGGCGAGCAAGGACGAGGUGGAGGAGGGGAGUAAGCUUCUCAAGGAGAUGCUGGUGGAGUGGAAGAGAGAUGUGGAGCAGAAGGGGUUGACGAACAAGCAGCUGGUUGAGAGGAUGAGGGAGCUGGUGAGGGGGAAUCAGGCGCUUCGCGAGAAUGCGUUCUUCAAGACUAUUCAGGCGCUGUGAAAUUAUGGGAUACGCGUUUUGCGCGCAGGUUAUUAGCAUCCGGGAGGUGUUGGAGAGUUCAUGGUCAUGAUACCAGAAUAUAUUCGAUUUGUACUAG